GGCGGGGCGACGGGCCCCGGGCGGCAGUACGCGGAUACACGCGAGCGAGACAGGUCGCCGCUGUCGGCUCGGAGCGGCGCGGCCGCGGAGUGUGAUGAGAGCGCGCCGCCCGCCAUGGCCACGCUCGGCCUUUCCAAGGUGUUCAUCCUCGACAAAUACUUCACGGAGCUGCAAAAGUUUUGGGAAACGGAGAAGAAGCUGCAAGACGCAUCGUCGUCUAACGAGGCGGUGCACCUGCAGCGGCGGCUGCUGAGCCUCAGCUCGGAGCUGGUGACGCUCCGCAACCACCUGCACGUGGGCGGCGCUGCAGCGGGCGCGGCGGCGGGCGCGGGCAAGGCGCCGGCGCCGCAGCCGGCCGUGCCGCCGCGCGCGCCGCACCUGCUGCCGCCGGCGCCCGCGCACCACCCGCCCCCCUCGCACCCGCCACCGCCCGCUCAGCAUCCGCUCUCGCCGCCCCCGCCGCCCCCGCCGCCCCCGGCCCCACCAGAAGCAAGAUGGCGCAACAGCGGCACGGUGGCCGCACCGGCGGCGCCGGGCGCUGGCGCGGGCGCGGUGAGCACGGCGCCGGGCGCGGCGCAGCUCGACGUCGACGACCUGAUACACCUGCGCGGGCCGCUCACCGAGGACGCGGUCGUCAGGGCGUUGCAGGCCAGGUUCUACCACAACAAGUUUUAUACGAUGAUCGGGCCGAUCGUGGUGGCUGUGAACGCGUACACGGACGCGAGCAACGCGCUCACGCUGUCGGAGGCGCGCGCGCAGCGGCCCGAGCUGGCGCGGCUCGUGCUGGACGCCGUGCGCCACCAGGCCGACACCGGCUACCCGCAGGCCAUCAUACUCUCCGGAGUGUCAGGCUCCGGCAAGACAUAUGCGUCGAUGGUGCUGCUGCGGCGGCUAUUUGACGUGGCGGGCGGUGGGCCCGAAACGGACGCGUUCAAACACCUCGCCGCCGCUUUCACCGUGCUGCGCUCGCUCGGCACCGCCGCCACCGCCGCCAACACGCACUCCAGUCGUAUCGGUCAUUUCAUAGAAGUGCAAGUGACAGAUGGCGCUCUCUACCGUACAAAGAUCCACUGCUACUUUCUUGACCAGACACGUGUAGUUCGACCGCCGCCCGGCGAGCGGAACUACCACAUCUUCUACCAGAUGCUCGCCGGCCUCUCGCAGGAGGAACGCACACAAUUACAUCUAGACGGCUACUCUGCUCAGGAGUUACGAUACUUAGCAUCGCCGCACCAUCGGCGGCCGGAGCCGGAGGACGCGGCGCGUUUCCAUGCGUGGAAGACCUGCCUCGGCAUCCUCGGCAUACCGUUCCUGGACGUGGUGCGCGUGCUCGCCGCCGUGCUGCUGCUCGGCAACGUGCAGUUCGCCGACGGGUCGGCCGGCGCCGCCGAGCCCGCCGGCGAGGCCGAGCUGGCGGCCGCCGCCGCGCUGCUGGGCGUGCCCGCGCCGGCGCUGCUGCGCGGGCUGGCCACGCGCUCGGCCCGCCGCGCCGCGCGCGCCGGCGCCGCGCCGCCGCCCGUGGCCGCGCCGGCGACCGCGCCCGCCGCCGCCGCCGCGCGCGACGCGCUCGCCAAGGCGCUGUACUGCCGCACGGUGGCGACGAUCGUGCGGCGCGCCAACUCGCUGAAGCGGCUGGGCUCGACGCUGGGCACGCUGUCGUCGGACUCGAACGAGUCGGUGCACAACCAGGACGCGGCGUCGCGGCGCGCGUCCAGCGCCGGCGGCGGCGGCCGCUCGCGGGCCGGCGCGCGCUCCAUGGCGGCGCUCAACGACGCCGUGCGGCACGCCACCGACGGCUUCGUCGGCAUCCUGGACAUGUUCGGCUUCGAGGACGCGGCGCCGUCGCGGCUCGAGCACCUGUGCGCGAACCUGUGCGCGGAGACGAUGCAGCACUUCUACAACACGCACGUGUUCAAGUCGGCGGCGGAGUCGUGCCGCGAGGAGGGCGUGGCGUGCGCGCUGGAGGUGGACUACGUGGACAACGUGCCGUGCAUCGACCUGGUGUCGUCGCUGCGCGGCGGGCUGCUGGCCGCGCUCGACGCCGAGUGCGCCGCGCGCGGCUCGCCCGACCAGUACGUCGCCAGGAUCAAGGCCGCGCACAGAGGUCACCCGCGGCUGGCGGACGCGCGGCCGCCGCACCCGCGGCGGUUCGCAGUGCGGCACUACGCGGGCGAGGUGACGUACGACGCGGCCGAGUUCCUGGAGGCCAACCGCGACGCCGUGCCCGACGAGCUGCUCGCCGCCUUCGACACGCGCACCUGCGAGUUCGGCUUCGCCACGCAUCUCUUCGGUGCUGAAUUAAAGGCGCUGGCGGCGCUGGGCGGGCCGGCGGGCGCGCAGUUCCGCGCGUCGCCGACGGUGGCGGCGGCGCCCGAGUCCACGCUCACGCAGGACUUCCACACGCGCCUCGACAACCUGCUGCGCACGCUCGUGCACGCGCGCCCGCACUUCGUGCGCUGCCUGCGCGCCAACGGCACCGAGGCGCCCAUGCACUUCGAGCGGCCCACCGUCGCCAAGCAGGUCCGUGCCCUCCAAAUCUUAGAGACGGCGCAGCUGAUGGCGAGCGGCUACCCGCACCGCAUGCGGUUCCGCGCGUUCAGCAGCCGCUACCGCGCGCUGUGGCGGCGCGGCGCGCGCGCGGCGGCGGCGGCCGAGCAGGAGGCGGGCGCGGGGUGCGCGGCGGUGCUGCGCGCGGUGGCGGCCGCCGCCGCGCCCCCCGCGCCAGCCUCGCCCGCCGCCGUGCGCUGGGCGCUCGGCAAGCGGCACGUCUUCCUCAGCGAGGGCAUGCGCCAGGUGCUGGAGCGCAUGCGGCGCGCACGGCGGCAGGCGGCAGCGGAGAGCAUCCAGGCGGCGUGGCGCCGCCACCGCAGCCGCACGCCGCGCGCCGCGCCGCCGCCGCCGCCCGCGCCCGCCGCGCGCCCGCGCCCCGCGCCCAUCGCCGGCACGCCGCCGCCCGACCCCGCCGACAAGUGCGACCCGGGGCUCGUCAAGCGCACCUGCUCGCUCGUCGGCCUCGACCUGGAGCGGCCGCCGCCGCUGCCGCCGUCGCGCGCGUACACGGUGUCGGGCGGCGUGAAGCUGGGCUACCCGCAGCAGCGCACGGUGGCGGCCGACUGGGCCGACGACGCCGGCCUGCGCCUGCGCGCCGGCGACACCGUGCUCGCCGUCGGCGCCGCGCGCCGCGGACACGUCGCCGUUCAGGUAUGUGGGCGGCGCGUAUGCGUGCCGCACAGCGUGCUGGGCCCGCCGCGAGCGCUGGCGCCGCGCCCGCAGCCGCCGCCGCCGCCCGCGCCCGCCGCCGCGCCCGCGCCCGCUCCCGCUCUCGCCUGACGCCGCCGCCGCUACCGCGCGGCGCCUCGCUCCGUCCAAACGACACACACGGCCACUCAUAAGUGAAACGAAACGACACUACCUUUCCCAGUAGAUAUUGUAUACUGAUAGUGUACAAUGUACUUUAGUGAACACACGUUUCAAGCGGAUAAUAAGUACUAUGAGGAUUAAUCUUUGGGGUACUUUUUGUUCUGUCAAAAUAGUACACGUAGCUAUAUAAUCAAAGCGCACGUGUGUCAAGUGCACGGCGAAGAAUUUUGGUUUCCAUGGUCAAAACAAAAAAAAAAUAGUAUAAAAACUUUCACCUUUGUUAUUUUGUAGUGCUCAGGCGUUUAAACAAUAGUUGUGUGAAUUUUAUGAGAUCGAAUGACUUCCGCUGGUAAUGUUAAGCAGCGAAUGAUUUUUUAAAUCACACCGCAGCUUACUUUGGUGCCUAAUAUUGUACUGUGUAAAUAAUAGUGAGUAUCUAUAAGUAUUUAUACGAGUUCCCGCGGCCACGUAACAUGUAAAUUCGCCGCGACGAACGUAGAUAAAGAGAAGCCUUCAGUGAGCGCGCGCUCUAUAGUAUUAUUUGGUAACUGAUAGAUUAGUAGAUGAGUACGUAACGUUUAUACGAAAUAAACAAUUUACAUUUACAGUAUUACCGUUGUAACUAUAGCAUAACAGAAAUGAUUGUAAAAGCGGUCGAGAGUGAUACUUAGUGGUUAACAUAACACCACAUUGUGAAGCAACAUGCAAGUCCAGUGUGAUAUGAGGCGGCAAACAACCAACGACGGGCCAUAUGUUGGUCUGUAGGAGUAAUAAUAAACGAUUUUGUAUGACAUAUUAUUGUAAUCAUAAUGGAAUGAAUGAAAAGCAGUGUAGAAUGCUAAUUUUUUUUUAAUUUAUGCUUAAAAAUACAAUAAAUCAAUAAAAAACAGAAAUAUUACGCACACUACCAUGUAUUUGACACACACACACACACACGCAUGAUAUACUCUUUUAUUUAUUGUUAAAAUCUGUGGUGAAAUUGUGAAUAGAUUAAUAUCGUUUGUCUUUAAUAUUAUCUGUCUAUAAUCCUACUGAAUGUCAAAACAAGCUUGUGCAUUUACCAAUAAAAAAAAAAACCAUUUGCUGUAGCUCCACAAUACCAGGGCACGUCUCUUAAAAUCUCUAAAAACAUCUCUAAAAGCAUUGGGACCCUUGUUGUCGACAUCUCUAGUGACGUACAGUUCCGUGGCCACCUCGAAGAUAAGGUGAAGCUGACAUUCAAAAAAUUCGGUGUGCUUAAUAGAGCGAAGCAUUACUUCACGGCGGAUCAAUGAUUAAUGCUCUACAAAUCACAAAUCCGGCCCCACAUGGAGUAUUGCUGUCAGUUAUGAGCGGGAGCACCUAGAUACCAGCAUGAACCCUUCGAGUCGGUGCAACGACAAACAAUGAGAAUUGUCGAAGAUCCCGGUCUUGCAAGCGGUAUCGAACCCUUAAGUCUUAAGAGAAAUUUUGCUUCACUCUGCGUGUUCUACCGCUUGUACAACGGAUUGUGCUCAGAGGAAUUGUUCAAUGUGAUGCCCACGGCCACUUCCUACCAUGUACGGCUCGCCAUCAAUAGGGAUUUCACCCUCAUACCCUACAGCCUAGAUAGUCGCUUACAACGCGGUUUCAGAGCUGUUUUCUCACACGAAGACUCAAGUUGUGGAAUAAGCUCCCUACCGAGGUUUUCCUAGAAACUACAGCAUUGGGUUCUUCAAAAGGGGGUAAAAAGGUUUCUUCAGGGUCGGCAACGCGCGCGUAAUACCCCUAGUAUUGCAGGCGUUCAUAGGCUACGGUAACCGCUUACCACCAGGUGGGCCGUAUGCUUGUUUAUCACCUCAGUGGUAUAAAAAAUAUUUAUUACAAUAUAUGUUAGGGUCGAAUUUCGACCACUGGGCGACCACUAGUUCAUUUAAAUAUCUCAGGUGUUGUAAGCAUCCAUUUAUAUAUUUUUUUAUUUAUAUUUAUUGAAUCCUCAGGAAUGGCAACGCAUGGGGGGUAUCAUGGGCGAAACAGUAUACUCUGUUAUGUCCGUGGUACUGCUCAUGUCUAUAAGCGACGAUUACCAUUUUCCAUCAGGUGCGUCGUCAGCUUGUUUGCCAUUGUAAGUUGUAUAAAAAAAUACCUAUCUUCAUAUUUUAUUAUAAUAUAAAGAUCCUUAACAUUACAAAUAGUAAUUUAGCCGUCAAGCUGUGCUGUCACGAAUAUUUCCGUAAAAAAAUCAGCUUCUGACAAUUUAUUAACGUAAAGAGCAGUCGUUAAUUACAUUCGAGUUUCACUCUCGAUUGUUAUUACAGGGUUGCAUUGUCUGUCGGCCGGGUAACAUGCUCGCGUGUUUUUGCAGCAGCUCUCUCCUCUCUGUUACCAUUACCACGUCAUACGUACUGCGUUAAGGUUAAGCAAGAAGCGUGUUGGUGUUACAGCUUCUUGGAUAGAAACAUAGAAAGUGACGCGUCAGGUAGAACUACGUACCGUGCAUGCUUAGAGGAAAUUUUAAAAACAAAUGCAAUUCAGUAUCUCAAGCAAGCAUCAUUUAUAUAUUUAUUGUUUAAUUCUUUGACAUUACUUGAAUUUUCAGAUGAGAAUUCGUGGUAACACACGAACGGUUUAUAAUAAAAAAUGCAUUUAUUUCAAUUUCUAAAAAAUAUUACACUAUUGUUAAAGAGUACACUAAAGUACAGAUACUCAAAGGCUACAAUGAGCGUUUACCAUCCGACUAGCCGAAUGCUUAUAUAACCAAAUCAGUACCAGUUCUACCUGAUGCACCACACUAUCUUCUUCUAUGGCUAAAAUAUAUAAUAUCAAAUACUUCCAUUUUUGUUGCUAUUUUCGAAAUUGUAUGUAGAUACCUACUCUGUGUUUUAUUUUCAUUAAUACAGUAUAGCAAUAAAUACCGGACACUAAAGUACUUUAUCUGAGCGUGAGCGAAAUAUUGAAUAUUUACCCUAAUUUGUUUCAAUCUAAACGCAUCUUGCAGGUUAGAAAAUUUAAGAUAUUUGUACCUAUUUUUAGUAUUCCCUGUAAUUAUUUUUAGAUCAAGAUAACCGUCAGCUUUAACUGCAGUAUUGUUUUUUUAAACCAAACAUUUCAUCAGUUUUCAUUAUCUCGCUAUAAUAUAAAACGUGUAAAAAUGUAAACACUCGCGAUAAUACUUUGAAAGUUCCCAUUAAACACAUCAACAAGGGAAAUAAUUAUUCUAAAAUUACAACAAAAAUGGAACAGAUAAAAAUUUUACUGGCAACACUGUUUUUUUUUCAGAUGUGUAUAAUUAAUAGUUUUAAUUAUGUAGAUUAAAAAAAUUAAUCUAUCGCCAAUAAUGUUAUUGAACUCAAUGGUUGUACAAUGUAAUUCGAGGGUGGCCAUAGAUUACUAUAAGGCCCGUCUCACACUACUAAAACACUCACUUUAUGUACUUCAUAACAGUUUAAUGUUUAACCAAUAAAAUCCUAAUAUACAGGGUAAUACUCAUCCCUUAAGAGCUACCGUUUACAUGUGCAUAUUGAAGCACUGGAAUGAGUGUUUUAAUAGUGUAAACCGGGCACAAUGUUACAUAGAUAGGCCCGUGCGAGCCGCAAGCCGCAAGAUACGAGUCCAAUAGGUCUACCAUGAAAUGAUUUCUGAAAUUUCGGAGACGAAAGAAACAAAAAUUUGAUAUUACAAAUAACACUUAAAAAUAUUAAAAUACCGUUUCUUUGAACUUUAAUGGUAGGAUUUAUGACGAAUGAAAUAUUACGCUCCAUUUACUGGGCCGAUUUCGGUAUGAACGAAAACACGAAAUUGAGUCCGAAAAUUCGCCAUUUCAACUCAUGGUAGCCCCCCAGGGCCGCAGCGAGACGCCUCGGGACGGGCCUACGAGCUUGCCAACAAGAGUCUGAUAUAAUAUAAUAAUUGAGAAUUUAUAUAGAUCUAUUGUAAGAUAGUGUAAGGUACAAAUAAAAUAACGAUUAUAUUUUCAAAAUAAACGUAGUUUUAUUUUUACAAUACGUAUUGUUGCUGUCCCCACGAACGAG